GAAACAACGCCUUAUCAUGACGAUAAAUAGCUCUACGUCCUGCUAUUAUGCUUUCAUCUCCAGAUCCACCGGAAGAUUCUACAUCUAACAUACACCACUACCAAUCACUAACCAAGGAACCAAUCUCAACAUGUCAGCACAAGAAGUCCCCACUCCCAGCUGCCAAGCAACACAAACAUUCCACUAUCAUUGUGGUCACAUCAUCACCACCUUCAUCGAACACUCAGAGAUUUGUGAAUGGAAUCAGGAAAGUCGACCGACGACUCCCAAGCCCACCCUUUCCAGGCAAGCAACUUCCAGCUCCGCAGUCGUAAACGCUGGUUCAAAGCUUCGACGAUCAGCCAGCUUCGCGUUGAAGGGUGUGGGAAACAGUUUGGGAAAGUUGGCUCGACGAGUGAGUAUUCGGUCUCCUCAGCCUGCUCACGAAUUCUCUUUCACAGCUCGAGUUCCUUGUCCUGAAGUCCUUUUCCAACCCCUCUAUGAAUCCCCUCCCUGCCCUCGUUGCGCAAAGGCCUUGGGGAUGGGGCCUGAGGACUUGGAUAAGAAUUUCGUGGGAUCCGAGGAAGAGAGAUGGCAACAGAGGAAAGAGAUGCUCAAGGCGAAGAUGAACGAAUGGGUCGGGAAGAUGGGGGAAUGGGAGCGCGGGGUCAGAGUUCCAAGGAAGGAAUAAGGUUUCAUAAGUAAGUCAUAUCUCUUUUCCCCUUUCGUUAUUGAUUCCUACUGGAUAGGAAUGAAUGCGAGACCA